UUGUUAUCCGUUAGUCUUGUUUUGAAACACUCUGCUGGUUUCAUUAGCAGCAGCCGCAGCUUCCUCAGUCAGUUGAUGAUGGAGUCUCUGCUGGUGAUCCUGCUCGCUCUCAGUGGUUUACAGAACCAUGCAGCUGUCGAUCCCUCAUCGACCAUCCAGGUGAGGCUUGGAGAGAAUGCCACCCUGCAGUGCCCUCUGCUGGACACCUCCAAUUUCACCAUGCUCACCACCACCACUGCCCCGACCGCGCCCACCACCCUCAGCUGGUACAGGAAAGCACCAGGACAGGGACCACAGCUCCUUGUCUCCUUCAGGUCUAUGGAUAGACUCAAACUGAAAUACGGCAACGGUGUUCCCCGCAGUAAAGUCUCUAUAGCGGCCGAUGGCUCACUGGUGGUGCAAGGCUCCAAGCAGAGCGACUCGGCGGUUUAUUACUGUGGAAUCAGCCGGGGAGAUGACCGGAAGAAGGAACCAAGGCCACGGAGCCGCAGAAGGAAAUAAUGUCAGGAGUGAGGAUCGGCCAGUUAGUCGUUGGCUUUACUUGGCUGCUUGUUCAGACUGUUUCUCUGCUCUUCUUCAGUUCCCCUCAUUUUUAAGCCUCAUCUUUGAACAUCAUACGCAGAAGAAUAUCUGCACCCCAUCUCACAGUUUAAUAAAUGUGCUUUUUUGUGCAGUGACUGAAAACAAUGAGCUUACAUGUACAACGGCCAAGUUUCUGAGAUUUUUAAUUAACUUGUGUUUGAAUUAACAGUGAUUUAAAGGCUGUGCUUUUUCAAUAUCCAUGCGCUCUCACAGUCCGGCCAAAUGAGGCUGUUGCUGUAAAGGUAUUUGCUUUGUGGCACUACUUUUUCUUUCCCCACCAUUUCUGCUGGCAGAUUUAUUGCUAGAUUAUAGCAUCAGCAAAGCUAAAAAUGCAUAAAUAAAAACUGCCUUUCUUGUA